ACUAGUUUACUAACAUGCAGUGAUGCAGUAGAAAAAAAAAGUCUUUAGUUUAUAUUUUGUCUUGAUCCUACCAUUUAGCGUAUCAAGAGUUUUAGUGCAUACCGGUAGUCGGACAACAUUUUGAAGAGUAGGAAGCGAUUCAUUUAAUCCACAGUCCCCCCUGUCUAUGAUAUAUUCACAGCCCAAGUAACAGCGGCAAUGCAUUCCUUGAAUUGAGUAAACUUAAAUCAUUUCUUGAUGGUUAUAAGUAUAGCUUAUUUGUUCUUUAGUUGCAGCUUCCGUGAUGUACGCCCAAGACACAGCGGCAAAAACCGAACACGUCAAAUGCGGCAAGAAGGUGGAUUUGGCGAUAGUUCUCGAUGCCUCUGCAAGUAUGGGCGAAGACAAUUACAAACUAGCCAAGACUUUGACUAAGGAGAUCAUAAGUCGAUUCACCAUCUCCCCGGACAAGACACGUGUCUCGCUUAACUUCUUCUCAGCGCACCACGUGAUUGUGUCAAAGCUAAGCGAUAACUUCAGCAAAAGCAAGCUAAUGUCAUUGACGGAUCAGAUGAUGUAUGAGAAAUCCUUCUCAAAGCUCGCUACAACGCUGGAGGCAGUGCAUUACGAGCUGCUUGUGAAGAAAGGAGGAGCCCGGCCCAAGCAAAAAGGUGUCAAGAUGGCGACGGUCUUGGUAACCGAUGGAUAUGGAACGGCUGGAUUUGAAGAAACGUCAGACGAAGCGAAGAGCAUGAAAAAAUAUAACGUCGAGAUGUUCACAGUUUAUCCGGAAAAAGGCAGAACAUAUAACAAAAUUAUGAUGCACCUCGCUAGCAAACCCACUAAGUCGCAUCUGUUCAAGCUAACAAAGGACGGGGGUGCGAGGAGAAAAGUAGUGGAUCAAAUCGUCAAGCAGAUCUGCUCGGAUAAUAAGUAUAGAUUCUGACUGCAAAAAAAUAACUCGACCCAAUCCUCCCGCUAUCAAAGUAAGAAUGGCGAAUAUACGAAAAGCCAUCGUCCUCAGCGGGUUUUUUCACUUGUCGUGUCUAAGAUUUUGAGGUAUUCUUAGGUUCUCUAGUGAAUCGUAAGUUGGGAGAGAGACCUCCAGCUUUAUUCUAGUCUGAAAGGAUGAAACAGUCUUAGGUCCCCGGAGUAGAAAAUGCAGCCUAUCCCGCAAAGACCGCUUUACUAGAACUGAGUCUCUUCUCGUGGCUCAAACAGAGUGCGUUAAAAUGUUUAAUUUUAAGUCAUGUUAUUCUUUGUUAAAAUGUAAUCUAGUUAAUGAAAUUCGUGUUAGGAAUAUAUUCAAAUUAUCUAGUAUUUACUAGUAUUUAUACGUAUGGCUUAUAACAGGGGCGAAUACAGAGGUUUUACUGUCGAAUCCGUUGUAUCGCACAAAGCGAGACUCUGAUUGGCUCAGAAUGGUUUUACUGACGGAAAAGAAAACCAAAACAAAUCGUGUUUGAGAACGCGGGUCGCGAUACAACGGAUUCGACAGUAACAUAUUCAUGGUGUAAUAGACUUGUAGACAGACUUUUUCCCCAAGGGGGAUAUGAGGGGAAGACCCUGGGAACGAGGAUGCGUCAGAGCUGGCGAAUCAUGCCAGAUGAUAUCUGGAUUAGAAAAGUAAAAAAAAAACCCCGAAAUUGCCUUGACUCCUAAUAUAAACACCAAGUAUAAUUGUCUUCAAACAGUUUUUAAUUAAAAUAACUACCAUGAGUGCAAUCAGAUAAAGUAAAACGAUUUCGAUCUAGGGUGCUAGAACUCUUAAGUCAAGUACACCUCCGUAAAUGCUUUUAAACAAUAUUGGAAACAAAUUAUGAGAGAACAUCUAAAAAAAAGAUCUUGUACUUGGUAUCCUAAUACUAUUUACCAAAUUCAAUAAAAAAUAUCGCAACAGUUCCCCAAAAA